CUUUCACGAGAUUCAUAACUAACACUAUGAAUGCAGGAACUCACCGGACAGAUGAGUGUCCACACGUAGGUCCCCUUUGAAUUUCCAGCAUAGACCAAACCCAAUCUAACCCUUCACAGCAAAGCAAACGUCAACUUCAAUGUUGCUUCAUGGGACUAUACUCAACGCUACCCAAAUACCAAAAACGACAUCAUGUCUGGCGUCCCAGCGGACGGUGAAGUUCCUGAGACCUCUUCUGGGAAUAGCUCCACGUCCUUCUACGCCGAUUUAUCCGCUAGUGGUGACAUUACUGCUUGGGUAAAACCCCUGAUCCAACUUGGCAUCGUAUUCAACCCCAGUCUCAAUGUCCCCAGCGCCUCUAUCGACCUCGAACUCGACACCUACGCCACACUCUACGGCUCCGCGGGGGUGGGAACUACCCAGACCGCAAAUGUCUGCUACGGGGCCAACGCUGGAAUUGAAUUAUCUGCAGCUGUCAACGCUCCCACGCUCUUCGAUGUGAGUUUAAAUCAGAAACACACUUUCGUCAAACGAGAUUUCGAUCUAAUACAGCAAACUUGUUACAGUCCGGAAUCAUUUCAGGAUACGACGUGUGAUGCUUGCGCUCUCGGGCCGACGAGUUGAACUGAUAAAUUGUUAACCUUGUGGUUUUUGGCCCCUCUCGCGAGCAGGACUCUGUAUAUAGAUAUCCUAUAAGCUUAAUACGUCCCCAUACCCUUCGGAAGGUCUUUAGGGUCAUAGGCAGUAACUAAGGUUGAUCUAUGCCCGCUGGACGUAUAUAUCAAUCAAUCAAUGAAUGAAUGAAUGAAUGAAUGAAUGAAUCAAUCAAUCAAUCAAUCAAUCAAUCAAUCAAU